CCUCCCUCCUCCCUCUCUCGCACACACACCCCCGCUUGGGCCUCCUCUCUCUCUCUCCGGCUCCAUUUUCUCCGCCGCCGGGGGCCGGGGUCUCCUGUGGGGGGCCCGGCCGGUACCCCAGGUCUCCCUUUAGUGCCGGGGUGAACCCCGGGGGAGCUGGGAGCGGGGGAGACGGGAGGGGGUAGGGGCGGAGGGAGCAGCGGCCCCAGCGAGUUUGGGGGGGGAAGUAGCCAGGCGGGGGGAGGGGCGGAGCAGGGAGGGGGCCUCAGGGCCCCCCCCCCAGCUAUGGACGAGCGGCUGCUGGGGCCGCCCCCUCCGGGCGGGGGCCGCGGGGGCCUGGGAUUGGUGGGUGGGGAGCCUGGGGGCCCAGGCGAGCCUCCCGGCGGCGGAGACCCCGGUGGGGGCAGCGGGGGGGUCCCGGGAGGCCGAGGGAAGCAAGACAUCGGGGACAUUCUGCAGCAGAUAAUGACCAUCACCGACCAGAGCCUGGACGAGGCCCAGGCCAAGAAACACGCCCUAAACUGCCACCGAAUGAAACCUGCUCUCUUUAGCGUCCUGUGUGAAAUCAAGGAGAAAACCGGCCUCAGCAUCCGAAGCUCCCAAGAGGAGGAGCCGGUGGAUCCACAGCUGAUGCGCUUGGACAACAUGCUUCUGGCAGAGGGUGUGGCUGGGCCCGAGAAAGGGGGGGGCUCAGCAGCAGCCGCUGCAGCCGCUGCAGCCUCUGGGGGCGGCGUGUCACCUGACAACUCCAUCGAACACUCGGACUAUCGCAGCAAACUAGCCCAGAUCCGCCACAUCUACCACUCAGAGCUGGAGAAGUAUGAGCAGGCAUGCAAUGAGUUCACGACCCAUGUCAUGAACCUGCUGAGGGAGCAGAGCCGCACACGGCCCGUGGCGCCCAAGGAGAUGGAGCGCAUGGUGAGCAUCAUCCACCGCAAGUUCAGUGCCAUCCAGAUGCAGCUGAAGCAGAGCACCUGUGAGGCCGUCAUGAUCCUGCGUUCCCGCUUCCUGGAUGCCAGACGGAAACGCCGUAACUUCAGCAAACAGGCCACGGAGGUCCUCAAUGAGUAUUUCUACUCACACCUGAGUAACCCGUAUCCCAGCGAAGAGGCCAAGGAGGAGCUCGCGAAGAAGUGUGGCAUCACUGUCUCUCAGGUCUCCAACUGGUUUGGCAACAAGCGGAUUCGUUAUAAGAAAAAUAUUGGAAAGUUCCAAGAGGAAGCGAACAUCUAUGCAGUCAAGACUGCUGUGUCUGUCACCCAGGGAGGCCACAGCCGCACCAGCUCCCCAACACCCCCUUCUUCUGCAGGCUCUGGCGGCUCCUUCAAUCUCUCAGGAUCUGGAGACAUGUUUCUGGGGAUGCCCGGGCUCAAUGGAGAUUCCUACACUGCUUCCCAGGUGGAAUCACUCCGACACUCUAUGGGGCCUGGGGGCUACGGGGACAACCUCGGGGGAGGCCAGAUGUAUAGUCCUCGGGAGAUGAGGGCCAAUGGCGGCUGGCAGGAGGCUGUGACCCCAUCCUCAGUGACGUCCCCAACAGAGGGACCAGGGAGUGUCCACUCUGACACCUCCAACUGAUCUCGCCCCUCAGGGUCACGGGGGUAGGGGCUGUCACAAGGCAACUCUUGAAGACGACUUGGGCAUCCAGAGGACGAACCCCAAACACAGGAGAAGCACAAGACGGAGAAGGGCAGACGGGCUCGGGCCCUCCCAUCUAGACGCUCCGUGCUGGGGCUGCUGACUACGUGGCAGGGAGAAUGGGGCCCUGAGGGGAAAGUGGGGUCUGUCUCCCCAUUUUUCCUUUUUCUCUCCCCCUCUCCUACACAGAAACCUAUUCUUCAGACUUCUUGGCUCCUCCCUCCUCUCCUCUCAUAUACCCACAUUGAACUAUUCUGUUUUCUCUGGACACCCCCACCCCUCCCACACACACACAUACACACUUUCCCUUCCCCACCCUACUUAUAUGCUCUGGAAUCUGUGGAGACGCCAGCCCUGCCCAACCAGAGAUGCCAAAAAUGGGGACACGCCUGGACAGAGGACAUGGGCCACGCCCCCCGUGCAUCCCCGCCCCUCCAGACGGCUUUAUUACCUCAUACGCAGCUCAUCUUAAACCAAUAGAAUCGCUCGGUGGACGAGAGUGUCUGACUCAGAUAUCUACCUCGGAGGGAGUUUCUGCUACUUUAGGAAAUUGUUGACUGGGCUUUGGGGUUGAACAUUUUUUUUCUUCACAGAAAGUAAAAGAAGCCCUGGGAUCCAUUUGUAAUUUUGGGGGGUUUGAUUUUUUUUUGGCUUGUUGGUGUUGUUGGUUCUUAAUUUUUAACUUAGUUUGAGGGAAUUAGUUUUUUAUAUAUAAAUAUAUAUAAAAUAUAUAUUUCUUUUUUUUUAAUGUCUUGCUUCCUCCCAUGUUAGGGAAGUCCAAGGGGUCUUGGCAAGAGAAAGGGGAACAGGUGGAACUGGUGAAGGUGCCUCCAGGCCUGUUCAUCAGGAAGGCGUUUGCUGGGUACCAAGCCGUUCCCCAGGUCACCAUGGUGCUGGCCCUGCCGGCUGCCAUAGAGCCUCUUCCCAUCACCCCUGGGGGAGGUCUGGAUUUCAAGACAUUUGAAAAUGCCACCUUCCCCUCAGACACGGCUUUGGAAUUUUUUUUUAACUGUUUGCAAACUGGAGGGGAACAAAUGGGGAAGGGGCUAUUGCCAAAUAUGCUAAGUAUGGGUUGGGGUGCUUACAUGUAUCUCCCUCAGUUUCCCCCAGAAAUGUAUCCUUUUUUCUCACACCAAAACCCAGGGGGUGGGGAGAGGAGAGAGGUUGCAAAAAGCCAGGUAUGGGGGAAGUGGAGUCUACACUAUCCCGUCCUUGCCCUGGACCCUACCACGUGAUCCCCUCAAGCAUCCUCAGGAUUUUACAGAACUGACAGUGGGGAACCUUCCCGGCAAAGAACCGGGCAGGACUGUGGGACAGGCUGAGGGUGUGAUGGGUUGGGGGGGGCGGGAAGCACGGGCUGGGGCAGUUCUCUCCUCACUUGUAAACUUGUAGUUUCACAGAAAAAAACACGCAGUUUUAAAUAAAGAAAUUUCUUUUUUCCCUGG